AUGACCGGAGAGAAGAUCCGCUCCCUCCGUAAGGACCACAAACCGGGCAAGGACGAGGAGGAUCUGCUGGAACCGGACGAGGAGGCGGCCACGGGGACGUUCACGUCGUCCGCCCGGACUGGCGUCGGUGGCGGCGGCGGUGGUAAAAGCAGAACGAACCGGAUCUUCAGCAACCACAAGCUGGUCAGAUCACCGUCCCAGCAGCGGGAGUCCCAAAUCAACGCUAACAACGCGCCCACCACGGCUCCACUGACCGUCGACGACAAAAACAAAAACCCGGUGGCGCGGAGCGGCGCGGACUUUCCCGUGCACGAAUGUGUGUUUAAAGGAGACGUGCGGAGAUUGUCGUCCCUUAUUCGGACUCAGAACAUCGCACAGAAAGACGUUCACGGAAACACUCCUCUUCAUCUGGCUGUAAUGAUGGGUCAUAAAGAGUGUGCCCAUCUCCUGCUAGCCCACAAUGCACCAGUAAAGGUCAAAAAUGCUCAGGGAUGGAGUCCUCUAGCGGAGGCCAUCAGCUAUGGAGACAGACAGAUGAUCACAGCGCUGUUGCGGAAGCUGAAGCAGCAGUCCAGAGAGAGCGUGGAGGACAAGAGGCCUCGCCUGCUCAAAGCCCUUAAAGAGCUCGGGGACUUCUACUUGGAGCUUCACUGGGAUUUUCAAAGCUGGGUGCCUUUACUAUCUAGAAUUUUGCCGUCUGACGCUUGCAAGAUCUACAAGCAGGGAAUCAACAUCAGGUUGGACACUACUCUCAUCGAUUUCACAGACAUGAAAUGCCAGAGAGGAGAUCUGAGCUUCAUCUUUAAUGGUGAUGCUGUCCCCUCUGAGUCCUUUGUGGUGCUGGACAAUGAGCAAAAAGUGUACCAGCGAAUACACCACGAGGAGUCUGAGAUGGAGACGGAGGAAGAAGUGGACAUUUUGAUGAGCAGUGACAUUUACUCUGCCACUCUCUCAACUAAAUCCAUCACCUUCUCCCGGGCACAGACUGGCUGGCUCUUCCGCGAGGACAAAACGGAACGAGUUGGGAAUUUUCUAGCUGACUUCUACUUGGUCAAUGGCCUCGUUCUGGAGUCCAGGAAACGGCGGGAGCACUUGAGCGAGGAAGAUAUUUUGAGGAACAAGGCCAUCAUGGAGAGCCUCAGCAAAGGAGGGAACCUCAUUGAACAGAACUUUGAGCCGGUGAGACGCCAGUCCCUGACCGCUCCCACUCCGAACACUAUUUCCUGGGAGGAAUACAUCACAGCGGAGACGGGGAAGGCACCUCAUCUUGGCAGAGAGCUGGUUUGCAAAGAGAGCAAGAAAAACUUCAAAGCAACUGUAGCCAUGAGUCAAGACUUCCCUCUGGGCAUUGAGUCGUUAUUAAAUGUUUUGGAAGUGAUUGCACCCUUCAAGCACUUUAACAAACUGCGAGAAUUUGUUCAGAUGAAGCUCCCGCCAGGCUUUCCUGUGAAACUAGACAUCCCUGUGUUUCCCACCAUCACGGCGACUGUGACGUUUCAGGAGUUUCGCUAUGAUGAAUUUGAGGAGUCCAUUUUCACCAUCCCCAAUGACUACAAAGAGGAUCCCAGUCGCUUCCCAGACCUCUGAUCUAUCUCAUUCUCUCUCUUCGCUUCUCUCCCUCUCCCUUUCUCUCUCCUUUUUUUCUUUCCCACCAUCAUGCCAGAUCCAACUCUCCCUCUAAGGGGAAUGACAGCUGUCUCACUUGGCUGAGCUUUGAUACAAGAAGCUUCCCCAGGAGUAGAAGAGUCACGCUGGGUUUUGUAAGUGCAGACAAAACAACAUUGCGACAGUACUGUACGUGUGGUAUUGGUAUAAAGGGAUCGUGCUGAACUGACAUAGUAACACUCUGAACAAAGCUGUCUAUGGAACCUCUACAUGUUGACUAAAGGCAUUGUCGAAGCUAAUAGAGUAGCUUGGAGCCGGAAGGAGCUGGCCAGAGCACCAUCCUAAUGCACUACAUCACGAAGCACUGUGUGGCGUUCUAACAACAGUGGAGGCUCCAGUGUAGCUCUUUGUACUUACAGACAUUGAUGCUGCGUCUGAAACACAACGCCGUGAAGAUGAAAAUCCUCCGGGAAACGUGGCAUUACGAGUUCUGUAUUUAUGUUAGCCUUGUUUUCGUAUAACUUUAUAAAAAACAAACUUGUACUCUUCACAUAAAGGAAAAUGAAUAGAGGUGCGGGUGAACAUCUGGGGCGAAAUAUUAUAAGUUACUUGUAUAUGAUUUGCGUUGUAUGAAACGUGUCACAAAAUACAAUUGGCAUGUUCUUUCUGGAGAAAAGCCUUUCUUUGUGUGAGAUUGUAAAUACUGCUAAUUUAAGUUCUUUUGGUAUAUUGACCUUCUGUGCUUGGCCCAUAAAUGCAUUCCUUUCAGACAGCAUUGCUAGGUUGGACAAGCUUGACAGGACACUGUGAACAAUCCAAUUCAACCACAAUUUCAACGUGUGGAAAUUUAGCGCAGUUGAUCAGAUUAUAUUUAUUUUGCAUACAUGUAAAAGGUACCACCACAAUGGUACGAUUGCUGGGAAUGCACCAUCACUGGACAGCUGACUGGGCAGUCUGUUACAUGAUAUUGCUUUGAGUGAUGGGGCUAGGGGAGGACCAUCCUACCCACCCAGUUAUACUCUGUUGAGCCCAGAACCAAAUGGAGCACUUGCAGUCCUGCAGUCCACAAUUGCAGGUGCACACGAGGCCACGGUAAAGAGGUGUCCAGUCCUGGACCUGGAGAUCUGCCUCCCUGUAGAGUUUAGCUCCAUCCCUAAUCUAACACACCUGAUCUAGGUAAUGAAUUCCUUUUAUCUCCAUCUGAAUACUAGAGCCAGGUGUUUUUAAAAUCCGUUUAUGGUGGAGAGGUACGUGAAGGAAAGAGAGUACAGAAAUUACAGCAUUACAAGUGCAAACUAUUUAAAAUGGCUGGAUUUGUGUUGGAGACAUGGCGACACCCGAUUCCCUAGUAGCUACAGUUUUAUGGUUAAAUAGGAUUUUGCUAAAACUUUGGCAACCAUAUUUUAUAAAUAGUUUUAACCAUAAAACUGUAGCUACUUGGAAACAAUAACAAUUGCCACUGUGCUAAAAUUGCUUCACAGUGGUGUUGGCGGGAAUCGGAACGUCUACAACACAAAUAUAGCCACUUUAUAAAGCUUGUCCUGCCUUGCAGCUGUUGCUAUGAGAGAACCCGUUUGUGGGCGGAGCAUGGACAGGUCAGUUGUCCUUCUAGACUGGGCUGUUCUGGCAACAAAUAUUUUCUCCCAUCAUGCAAAUGCACCGUUCCUGCGUUUUGGGUCUUCUCACAUCAGUUAUUUCUGUUUUACGGUUUUGAUCUCCACUGCGUGGAACCACCCGAGUUCCCUGAAGAGCACAGGCCUAUUUUACAAUCCGUCAUUUGGUCAGCAACUUUUGAAGACUCUCUUGGUACCCCUCUUGUUGUGUAUUUGGCCCUGACGUGGGCGCUCCUUUGUAAAUGUCAUGUACAGUUUGAGAUGGACUCGAGUUUUGUUUAGAACUUGCAUUGGCUGGACACCAGUCUGUGGAUGCACAUACUAUUUCUCAAUGAUUUAUUUUGUUUAUUACCACCUUGAUAGAUGGAUGUGUGUGUGUGUGUGUGUGUGUGUGUGUGUGUGUGUGUGUGUGUGUGUGUGUGUGUGUGUGUGUGUGUGUGUGUGUGUAUGUAUAUAUAUAUAUAUAUAUAUAUAUAUAUAUAUAUAUAUAUAUAUAUAUAUAUAUAUAUAUAAUCACUUUCCAGUUUAGAAUAAAUGACAUGUAUACUGACGGACAUAUGUUAAGAUAGUAAAGUGUGAAUAGCUCAAAUGAUCCCGACAGGAAUUCCUAACUUGGAAUUAACGUUUUGUAUGGAUUCUUUUGUUGUGGGCAGCAGAAGACGAAGUAAAAGCAACUGGUCAAAUUUGCACCAGCAAACAUCACGUUUGAAUGGCUCAGAAUAGAAAUAUUUUAUUUAUGUAACCCUCGCUCUUUCCUCUCUGUGUGGUUUUAUGUUUUUAAAUCUACACUGGAUUUUGGCCUCCAAGCGGUCGAAGGUUUUAAUAUGCUUCCAAGCUGCACUACUGGUUAGUGCAGCGAACAGGUGUACGCUUCGUUUUUCCUUUUUGUAACCAACCAGCUUCAGGUCUUUUCAUUUUGUGUUUUCUCUAGUUUUUAGUUUUGCGCCUUGAACUCUGGGCCUGGUUUUCACCUGAACACACAGAUAAACCAGUUGUACAGCAAGAACCUUGUAUGCCACAAUUUUUUCAUGAGGAAUUGUACUUAAUAAAAUGUCAGCGUACCAACA